CCCGCCGUUUUACCCUGCAGCCCUGAACGUCCGGUAAACUCUCUGCUCAAGUGCCAUCCAAGCGUCGACUGAGUGGCCUCACCUCCACCUGCAGGCGGACCCUGCGCUUUCCUAGCCUCCUUGCGCAGUCCUUCGAGCUGACGCAGCUACUUCUUCCAUCUUUCCUGCCGUGCGCAUCCCUUCAGUGUCGCUCGUCCACCUUGUCCUCUCCAUAUCAAUUCUGCCUGGCCCCUUUCACGGAGCGCACUGGUGAAGACCCAACUGCCGAGUUCGUACCAUCGACUAUCAAAGGUCUGCUCGACUCGGACGGGCUCGACCAGAACGGCCCCGCCUUCGCGACAAAACUGCAUCGCGCCGGCGAACAAGAUGAGCAAAGCAGCCGAUGGCCAGAACGGCUCCCAGACGCAGACCCAGCCUUGUCAGUACAAGGUGGGGAAGACACUAGGAGCCGGAUCAUAUUCUGUGGUCAAAGAAUGUGUUCACAUCGAGACUGGGCGCUACUAUGCUGCCAAGGUCAUCAACAAGCGCCUGAUGCUGGGGCGUGAGCACAUGGUUCGAAACGAGAUUGCCGUGCUCAAAAGAGUGUCUAUCGGUCACCAGAAUAUCCUUACGCUCGUCGACUACUUUGCAACCAUGAACAACCUGUACCUCAUUACGGACCUGGCUCUUGGUGGUGAACUCUUCGACCGCAUCUGCCGCAAAGGCUCGUACUAUGAGUCGGAUGCGGCAGAUCUGAUUCGGGCGACCCUGUCGGCGGUCGCUUACCUACACGACAAUGGCAUAGUUCACCGCGAUCUCAAGCCAGAAAACCUCCUCUUCCGCACCCCAGAAGAUAACGCUGAUCUUCUUAUUGCCGACUUUGGCCUAUCACGCAUCAUGGACGAGGACCAGUUUCACGUUCUCACAACGACCUGCGGAACACCAGGGUACAUGGCACCGGAGAUCUUCAAAAAGACGGGGCACGGCAAGCCUGUUGACAUUUGGGCCAUGGGCGUCAUCACAUAUUUUUUGCUGUGCGGGUACACACCGUUCGACAGAGAUAGCGACUUUGAAGAGAUGCAAGCCAUCCUCAACGCCGACUACAGCUUCCAGCCGACCGAGUACUGGCGCGGUGUCAGCGAUCAUGCCAAGGACUUCAUCAAUCGCUGUCUCACAGUGGACCCGAAUAAGAGAAUGACAGCCCACGAGGCGCUCUCGCACAAAUUCGUCGCCGGCUACAGCCUCAGUCCGGAUGGUGACAAAGGGCAGAAUCUGUUGCCUGUUGUUAAGAAGAACUUCAAUGCCCGCAAGACAUUACAUGCUGCCAUCGACACAGUCCGCGCAAUUAAUAAGCUCCGCGAAGGCCAGAACAGCCAUCUCAUGGAUGGCAGCAAGUCUGCUGAGCCAGACAGAGGGGCGGCACCCGCUGGAAAGGACAGCGGCGUGUCUCUCAGUAAAGGGGACUCUGGGUAUUCCACAAGUGGAGGCGUUGACGUUGAGAUGGGGGGUAUGGAUGGUGUGCCAUCAAGUCUUAGACCAGGCCAGGCGGUCAACAAGGUUGUGGAAACGUCGAAAGGCCUGUGGCAGUCUGGUCAAGACAGUUCAAAGGGUUUGUGGCAAGCGAGCCAGGCUAGGAGGUGAUGGCACCUGGGCAGCAGGUCACACCGACUCGCGUUUGGUACAUGACUUUGGCACAGGUGGGCAGUUGGGAUAUCGCUAGGACUUUGGGGUUGCAGCUCGCCCUCGAUCACAGGAAGAUGCUAGCAGGACGAAAGCACCUACCAGGCUGGUGGAUCCGGUUUGCUGGCAACCCUACAAUGGCUGCGACUGGAUGACCGCGCCUUGGUGUCCAGGCUAAGCAGAACUCCUUGGAUCGAUGACGAAUGGACAGCAGGACUGUUGGAAACAAGCUCAUGACCACGUUAAUCAGCGUCAUUCUACAUAUUUACUUACAAUGAUACACCAUAUUCUGCCUAGAGC